UGGGAAAGGUAGAGAACAUGAAAAUUGCAAUGGCCGUUUAGAACACGUCGAGCUGACGCAAGCUGACGUGUCGCGGUGUCUUCUUGCAUUUGAAGAAUUUAUCUGAAGUGAAAGAUGAUUACGUUUAAGCGCGACAAGAAGGAAGAGGAAGACGGUGGCGGGAACCCGUUCCAAAACUUGGAAAAGACCACGGUUCUUCAAGAAGCGCGUACGUUCAACAACACACCGGUAAAUCCAAGAAAAUGCGCCCACAUUCUCACCAAGAUCCUGUACCUGCUCAAUCAGGGCGAGCAACUGGGCACGACGGAAGCUACGGAGGCUUUCUUCGCUAUGACCAAGUUGUUUCAGUCGCGCGACGUUAUCUUAAGGCGGUUGGUGUAUCUGGGCAUCAAGGAACUGAGUUCUUUAGCUGAGGAUGUAAUUAUUGUUACAUCCAGUCUUACAAAGGACAUGACAGGAAAGGAAGAUUUGUACAGGGCUGCUGCCAUCCGAGCACUCUGCACGAUCACCGAUGGCAGCAUGUUGGCGGCCAUCGAGCGUUACAUGAAGCAGGCCAUAGUCGAUCGCUCACCAGCCGUAUCUAGUGCUGCUCUCGUUUCCUCCUUGCAUUUGACAAGCGUGUCCAGCGAUGUCGCAAGAAGAUGGGCAAAUGAAGCACAGGAAGCAUUAAAUUCCAACAAUGUGAUGGUCCAAUAUCAUGCCCUAGGAGUUUUGUAUCAGGCGCGUAAGGCGGAUAAACACGCGGUAAUCAAGCUAGUUGCCAAACUCAUGAAGACAAGCCCGAAAAGCCCUUAUGCGGCAUGUAUGCUGAUCAGAAUGGCGUACAAAUUGUUGGACGAAGUAGAUGAAGGCGAGGAGUUGAUAGGAUUCAUCGAGUCUUGUCUACGUCACAAGUCCGAGAUGGUGGUAUAUGAAGCGGCACAUGCCUUGGUCAACCUCGGGCGAAGUGGGGCCAGGGAAAUCGGACCUGCGAUCAGUGUUUUACAACUGUUCUGUGGUUCGCCGAAACCAGCACUACGGUUUGCUGCAGUCAGGACCCUCAACAAGGUUGCGAUGUCUCAUCCAGCGGCGGUCACAGCUUGCAAUCUGGAUUUAGAGAAUUUGAUUACAGAUUCAAAUAGAUCAAUUGCCACUCUGGCAAUAACCACCCUUUUGAAAACUGGAGCAGAGAGUUCCGUUGAUCGUCUGAUGAAACAGAUCGCCACCUUUGUGUCAGAGAUUUCGGACGAAUUUAAGGUCGUGGUGGUCCAAGCCAUCAGAGCUCUGUGUCAAAAGUUUCCUCGCAAGCAUGCGGUUUUGAUGAAUUUCCUCUCUGCUAUGUUGAGAGACGAAGGCGGGCUUGAGUACAAAGCGGCGAUCGCCGACACUAUAAUAGCCGUGAUGGAAGGAAACGCGGAGGCCAAGGAAGCGGGACUUGCGCAUCUCUGCGAAUUUAUCGAGGAUUGCGAACAUAUCUCCCUUGCUGUUCGUAUUUUACAUUUACUUGGCCAGGAGGGACCCACAUCUAAACAACCGUCGAGAUACAUCCGCUUCAUCUACAAUCGCGUUAUCCUAGAGAGUGCUAGCGUGCGAGCAGCAGCCGUUACCGCAUUGGCACGUUUCGCUGCCGCCUGUCCACCCUUGCUUCCAAACGUGUUGGUGCUGCUGUCACGUUGUCAAUUGGAUUCAGACGAUGAGGUCCGCGACCGUGCAGCUUAUUAUUGCACUAUUUUGCAACAGCAAAACGAUCCGACUAUAUUGCCUUUGGUGCAGCCACCUUUGCUGUCGGUACCGACACUGGAAAGGGCCUUACGAAAUUACAUGCAGACACCCAUGGAAGAAUCGUUCGACAUUUCUCAGAUACCUCCAGCUCAAACGGUAGAGGAACCGGCUCAAGUGGAGGUGCACACCACUAUCAAGCAACCUCGUUUGACCAGAGAAGAAAGCUUUAUGGAGAAAUUAUCGCAGAUCCCACAUUUAGCCGUGAUCAUUCGAGACACGUCACUCCUCAAAUCUUCACCUGUGUUUGAAUUAACAGAAUCCGAAACAGAAUACAAUGUCAAGUGCAUCAAACACACAUUUCCUGAGUAUCUCAUUUUGCAGUUUGACUGUGUGAACACACUCUCUGAUCAGCUUCUCGAAGAUGUGGUAGUGGCCGUUGAGCCUUCCGAAGGUUACUCCAUUGUGUGUGUGGUACCAUGUCCGCGAUUACCUUACAAUGAGCCAGGAACCACCUACACAGUAUUAAAAUAUCCAGAAGAUGUACACGCAAGUGUCGCCACUAUUCCCACGACGCUCCGAUUUAUGGCAAGGGAUUGCGAUCCAACGACGGGAAUACCAGAUGCGGAACAAGGAUAUCAUGACGAAUAUAUGUUGGAAGAUUUGGAAGUAACUCUAGCCGAUCAAGUACGUGGCGUUGGUAAUAGAGGCAUGGACUUUAAUACCGCUUGGGAUACAUAUGCUGCGAAGGGAUUUAUCAAGUUGGAAGAGACAUUUGCCUUGGGAGCAUCAGUGACAUCUUUAGAAGGAGCGAUUCAAAGUCUUACAGGAUUUUUAGGCUUAGAAGCUAUGGAACGCAGUAAUAAAGUACAGAGUGGAGCGGCUGCUCACAAUCUACUCCUGAGUGGCGUUUUCCGAGGAGGAAAGGAAGUAUUAGCACGUGCUAGAUUAGCAUUGAGUGGAACACAAGUUACGAUGCAGCUGUCUGUUCUCUGUCAAGAUCCAGACGUCGCUGAUUUAAUAGUCUCGUCCGUAGGAUAAAUAUCAAAAUAACAAAGUAAGAAUUAUAAGUUAUGUCGCAAUAUCUCUUAAGAAGAAAUAUAUUCGUUGAUCACUGUAAAAUAAUUUUUAUAAUAUAGGAUUACUAUUAUAUAUAUAAAUAUUACAGAAAUUAUGAAAGAAUACUGCUUGUAUGUCUUUAAUACAUCAUGUGACUUUUCCUUAAUAUAUCAUGUUAAUAAAGCACAUGACUUCCUUAAA